UUUGCACAGUGAUAUAUAAAUGUAUAAGCGGUUGGGUUCUUUGGUGUCCUAUUCCUAUGCUCAUAACUCUAAACUCCUCACACAGAAACAUUUUCGCUUCGUUCAUUCUGAAAUUGAACCAACCAUGUCUGCUACUUCUGGCCUUGUGAUUCCCUGCAAAGCUGCCAUUGCGUGGGAGGCAGGGAAGCCACUGGUGAUAGAGCAAGUGGAGGUGGCUCCACCACAGACUAUGGAAGUGAGGAUCAAGAUCAAAUAUACUUCACUUUGCCAUACCGAUCUCUACUUCUGGGAGGCCAAGGGCCAGAAUCCACUGUUUCCUCGAAUAUUUGGCCAUGAAGCAGCUGGGGUUGUAGAAAGCGUUGGGGAAGGUGUAUCAGACCUCCAAGUUGGGGAUCAUGUGCUUCCGGUGUUCACUGGAGAGUGUGGUAACUGCAGGCACUGCAAGUCUGAGGAAAGCAAUAUGUGUGACCUGCUGAGAAUAAAUACAGACAGAGGAGUUAUGCUUAAUGAUGGAAAAUCCAGGUUUUCUAUCAAUGGGACUCCUAUAAAUCACUUUCUUGGUACAUCCACAUUCAGUGAGUAUACUGUUGUUCAUUCAGGAUGCCUAACUAAGAUUAGUCCGCUAGCACCUUUGGAUAAGGUCUGCAUCCUCAGUUGUGGCAUCUCAACAGGAUUAGGUGCAACUUUGAAUGUUGCAAAACCAAAGAAGGGAUCUACAGUUGCUGUUUUUGGUCUUGGAGCUGUUGGGCUGGCUGCUGCUGAAGGUGCAAGAAUUGCUGGGGCAUCAAGGAUUAUUGGGAUUGACUUCAACCCCAAGAGGUUUGAGGAAGCCAAGAAAUUUGGAGUAACUGAGUUUGUAAAUCCAAAGGACCAUGACAGACCAGUUCAAGAGGUUAUUGCUGAGAUGACAAAUGGUGGAGUUGACAGGAGUUUAGAGUGCACCGGCAACAUCAACGCCAUGAUCUCUGCUUUUGAGUGUGUUCAUGAUGGAUGGGGUGUAGCUGUGCUCGUAGGAGUGCCGAACAAGGAUGCGGUGUUCAUGACCAAGCCCAUUAAUGUGCUUAAUGAGAGGACACUCAAAGGAACUUUCUUUGGAAACUACAAACCUCGGACUGACCUUCCCUCAGUUGUUGACAUGUACAUGAACAAGAAAUUGGAAGUGGAGAAAUUUAUAACCCACCGGGUCCCUUUCUCCGACAUCAAUAAGGCCUUCGAGUACAUGUUGAAGGGAGAGGGUUUGCGGUGUAUAAUUAGUAUGGAAGAAUAGAGUUUUCGACAGAAUUAAGAAAUAAAUACAGGUUUUUGAAUCUGGAUUCUCAGGUUUAAUUUACUCUUAUGAAUAAAGUUACGAAAAAAACAUUUUCACAACAAACCUAAGUAGCAAAUUAUUAAUGGUAAGCUUUAUUGUGAAAUUGUUGUGGAUGUAAUAGUGCCUGGAUUCUUUUAUGUAUUAUGGGAAUGGGCCAUCCUCUGACCGUUUAAAUGUAAUCAUAUAGAAAUAAUGUGCCCCGAAAGCCCGGGUUGUGCUCUCUCUUUCUGAUACGCAUAUACAUACAUCGUAUAUGAUGGGAACUUGUGCUUUGAGAAUUAAUUCAGGUGCUGAGGUAUUGUAUUUUUCUGGAAUCUAAAUGAAAGUUGAGUUGUAUAGAA